GGCUCGCAAGGAGAUUAUAAAAGGCGGUGAGUGGGGCACGGCGGACGCACCUGAGCCUGAGAAUUUGGAGCCCCGACGGCAGCGGGAGCGGAGCCGGCGAUGCCCUGGGUCGCUGGGUGCGGAGGGAGCUAAGGAUGGUGUCCGGUCCGCGUCCUGCCCUCCUCCUCCUCUUUCUCCUGCAGGCGUUUCUCCUCUGGGAUAGCCCCGUUGCAGCCUCCAUCCAAGAGCAGUACUGUGAGAGCCUGCUGCCCACCACCAACCACACAGGGCCUCAGUGCAAUGCCUCGGUGGACCUGAUUGGCACGUGCUGGCCCCGCAGUGCAGUGGGACAACUGGUGGCUCGGCCCUGCCCCGAAUAUUUCUAUGGCGUGCGGUACAACACCACAAACAAUGGCUACAGGGAGUGCCUCGCUAACGGGAGCUGGGCAGCACGGGUCAACUACUCCCAGUGCCAGGAGAUCCUCAGUGAGGAGAAGAAGAGUAAGCUGCACUACCACAUCGCUGUCAUCAUCAACUACCUGGGGCACUGUGUCUCACUGGGGGCCCUCCUCAUGGCCUUUGUCCUCUUCAUGCGCCUGCGGAGCAUCCGGUGCCUGAGGAACAUCAUCCACUGGAACCUGAUCACAGCCUUCAUCCUACGCAAUGCCACAUGGUUUGUGGUGCAGCUCACAAUGAACCCAGAGGUGCACGAGAGCAACGUGGUCUGGUGCCGUUUGGUCACAGCUGCCUACAAUUACUUCCAUGUCACCAACUUCUUCUGGAUGUUUGGUGAGGGCUGCUACCUGCACACAGCCAUUGUCCUCACCUAUUCCACCGACAAGCUCCGCAAGUGGAUGUUCAUCUGUAUUGGCUGGUGUAUCCCCUUUCCCAUCAUUGUUGCCUGGGCCAUCGGGAAGCUGUACUACGACAAUGAGAAGUGCUGGUUUGGGAAGCGAGCAGGAGUUUAUACUGACUACAUCUAUCAAGGUCCCAUGAUCCUGGUGCUUCUGAUCAACUUCAUCUUUCUGUUUAACAUUGUUCGGAUUCUCAUGACCAAGCUCCGAGCAUCAACCACGUCAGAGACAAUCCAGUACAGAAAAGCAGUCAAGGCCACACUGGUGCUGCUGCCCUUGCUGGGAAUCACCUACAUGCUGUUCUUCGUCAAUCCAGGGGAGGAUGAGAUCUCCAGGAUCGUCUUCAUCUACUUCAACUCUUUCCUGGAGUCCUUCCAGGGCUUCUUUGUCUCUGUCUUCUACUGCUUCCUGAACAGUGAGGUGCGCUCGGCUGUGCGGAAGCGGUGGCACCGAUGGCAGGACAAGCACUCCAUCCGUGCUCGAGUGGCUCGGGCCAUGUCCAUCCCCACCUCCCCGACCCGGGUCAGCUUCCACAGCAUCAAGCAGUCCUCAGCAGUGUGAGGCAGAAGGAGGCAGCUGCCCAACAGGACCCUGCUGUGUGGGUACAGGAGCGGGGUGUGCUGCUUGCAGAGGAUGCGCGAACUUGCAGUGGGUAACAGGAAACUCUGCAGAAGUUCCUGUAUGGACAGGACAGACCUGUAGGAUGUGGGACAUCUGAGAUGUGUUGUUGCCUGCUUGGCCUGGUGCGACCUACUGGGGUGGCAGGAAGAAUCCAGAGAGGUUGCGGCAGCUGCUCUGUCUGCAUCCAUCCCAGUACAAUGCCCUGUGUCCCAACUCGCCCUGUGUUUGUCACUUGUCUGAGGUGACACCAAGGCAGGGAUGCCCCAGGGAUUAAUCCCUCGGAUGGGAAUGCUGCUCAGGGUGGGCAGAAGCCUCUGAGUUGAUGGAGGUGGCAGAGAGCCUGGGGCUGAUUGUGGACUUUGCUUUUUUAAAGCACUGGGGUUAUUGGAGCCCCAUCUGUCAGCUGAUUUCUCCAUGUGAGACAGAAGGCAGGGAGGCAGGACGCAAAGUCAGAGCCCCAGGAUUCAACCUGGCCCCCUGGCCCUGCUUAGGGGAACGUGAGGAAGAGCAGCCCUAUGGAGAUGUGUGUGGCUCUGUCCCUCCCUACCCUGCUCCCACCAAGCUCAGUGCCAAAGCUGCUCCCUGCCCUCACGUAGAGACCGGGGCCGAAUCCCUCCCAUGCUGGGAUUAAGUGCCUUGGAGGAGUGGCAGCCUCCAUCCCCACACCAGCUCCUGGGUUCUGCCAUGUCCCUGGUCUGCCCUCAGCAUCCCAUUUCAUGUGGUCACAGCAUGCAGCUCUGUGUGCAGUGGAGGAUCCAUGCCUGACCUGAGAGCCAAGCUUUAUCUCCCAUGGGAUGCUCACGCGGUGGGGCUGUGGGCUGAGGCUGCUUUCUGCAUCCCAGGAUUUUGCCCCCAAGGCCAAAUAGGCUUUGCUAGGAGUCACUUCACACUUCUGUGCCUCAGUUCCCCAACCCCCCCAUAAAGCUAUAAGUAUUUCCCAUCCUGGGGAGGUUUAAGCAUUGUAGAAUCUGUAGGAUGUGAUUUCCUCAAGGUGCACCACCAAAAAGGAACAAAAUGUCUUUUCCAUUAAAAAAAAAACAAAGAAAGAGGAAAAAAAAAAGAAAGAGGAAAAAAAAAAGAUUCAGGCUAAAACCUUCAGGAUCUUUCCUUAAACAUUUACAAAGUUCAGCAGUUUGAAGCAAAUCCUUUCCAUUUCUCUUUCUCCCUCAGAGAUUUCCUACUUGCAUGUCUACCAUGCAGCCCAGCCCAGAAAUGCUCCCAGUACCAUGGUGGAGCAGCUCCCAGCAUCACCCAGUGACCACCACUGGGGCAGUUCCUUCAUGUGGGGCAGGCAAAGUUCACCCAUCACCAGCAGAAUCUGCCCUUCAUCCCAAGUGUGGGUGAGGGAAAAAACACCCUGGAGUUACACAAUGGGAAAACUGGCCGACCCCAUCCUUAUUCCCAUAUGGGCAGAUGUGUAAAAAUGGUGCAAACCCCAAGGAAAUUGCUGAGAAAGCACUGCUUAUGGCACAGCCAGAGCCCAUCCCAGGCCCCUGCCCAGUGACAGAGGGUGACAUCCUGCAGGAAUGGACUCCCUGUGGGUUGCUCUGUGUUCCGUUGGGCACUUGGGUUGGCACUAGCUCAGAGCUGCUGGCAAUACAGAGAAGGGAGGACCCCCCCAAGAAGUGUGUUUUCAUUGUACAUACAAAAGGUGUUCCAACAAGCGAUGUGCUCUAUGUUCCCUUGGGUUGUUUUUUUUUUUUUUGUUAAAGCUGUCAUUUCUGGUGGAGAAGAAGCUGCAAACUGAAAAGAGCAAAGAGAGAAACCCAAACGUGUUUGCAUUUGCCUCGCUGCUUUUCUUUUCUCUCGGUGGUUUGCUCUGACUUUGCUUUCCGUACGGAGAGGUGUGUGUGCGUUCUCAGCCUUCUUUGAUUAAAAUGACUUUGA